UGCUCUCUCUCUCUCAGAUGUUCAGUCUCUCGCUCUCUCUCUCCCCGCUCAAACAUGGAUCUAUUACUACUUCUAUGCUGGAUUUUUACCGACAGAGUGUUUAGAGCUGUGUCCGCCGCCUCGCACUACACCUGCAGCAGCCCUCUGGUGUCGUCUUUACCUCAGUCUUCAUUCCAGAGCUCGUCUCAGUCCACCGCCAGCUCUGCCGCUCACAACGCCAAGAUCAACCGCAGAGACGGAGCAGGUGGCUGGUCGCCCCUGGUGACGGACCGGGAGCCCUGGCUGCAGGUAGACCUCAAGGAGCAGAUGGAGGUGACGGCUGUGGCCACACAGGGUCGCUCUGCCAGCUCCGACUGGGUGAGCAGGUACCUGCUGCUGUACAGCGACACGGGUCAGGUGUGGAGAGAGUACAGGCAAGAGGACGGGGGAGGGAUGUUUGUUGGGAACGUGAACUCCGAGGCCGUCGUGCAGAACAAACUGUCGCCCUCGCUGAGGACUCACUUCCUGCGCUUCGUCCCUCUUGACUGGAACCCGAGCGGCUGGCUGGGCCUCAGGGUGGAGCUGUACGGCUGCUCCUACAAGUCUGACGUGGCGGACUUUGACGGCAGGAGCUCUCUGCUGUACCGCUUCAAUCAGAAGUCGAUGUCGACGGUGAAGGACGUCAUCUCUCUGCGCUUUAAGAGCAGACAGGCCGAGGGGGUGUUACUGCACGGGGAGGGGCAGCGGGGCGACUACAUCACCCUGGAGCUCCACCGAGGAAAACUGGCCCUCUACCUGAACCUGGACGACACCCGGCUGAGAUUCAGCAGCAGUCGAGUCGCCGUCACACUCGGCUCUCUGCUCGACGACCAGCACUGGCACUCGGUCACCAUCGAGCGCUUCAAUAAGCAGGUGAACCUGAGCGUGGACACGCACACGCAGCACUUCACCACCAGAGGGGAGGGGUACUCGCUGGAAGUCGACUAUGAGCUGAGUUUUGGAGGAAUCCCUCUGCCCGGUAAACCCGGCACCUUCCUCAGGAGGAACUUUGACGGCUGCAUCGAGAACCUUUAUUACAACGGCAUCAACAUCAUCGACCUCGCUAAGAGACGCAAGCCACAGAUUUACAGCGUGGGGAACGUGACCUUCACAUGCUCACGGCCGUCACUGGUCGCUGUCACCUUCCUGAGCUCCAGCGGAAGCUUCCUGUCCUUACCCAUGGCUUCCCCGUUGACCACCUUGGGAGGUUUCUCCGUCAGGUUCCAGUUCAGAACGUGGAACGCCGACGGGCUGCUAGUGUCUGCCAGACUGAGCCGAGAGAACCAAAGAUUGGACCUACAGAUCAGAAACAACCGGCUGAUACUGACCAUCCACGACCAGGGAGAGAGAGCAGAGACAUCUGCAGGGCACAGAGUCAAUGAUGGACUGUGGCACUCGGUGAGUCUGGACACUCGAGGUCUUCAGGUCAGUCUGACUCUGGACAACGAGCCCGCCUCCACCCUGGAGCGGUGGGAGCAGCUGGAGGUCAGAGGGAGCUUCUACUUUGGAGGCAGCCCUCCUGCAGCCCGCCACAGGCCGACAGUGUCCUUCCAGGGCUGCAUGCGUUUCAUCUCCAUCAACAGCCAGACCAUCAACCUCCAUCAUGUGCAGCAAGGGAUGCUGGGAGUCUACAGUGAUCUUCAGUUUGACACAUGCAGCAUCAGAGACAGGUGCGUUCCUAACCUGUGUGAACACGGAGGCGUGUGUCUGCAGAGUUGGAGCUCCUUCUCCUGUGACUGUUCAGGGACCGGAUACUCUGGAGCCGUCUGCCACCACCCCCUCUACGAGUCGUCCUGUGAGGCCUACAGGCUGACUGGAGGCUCCUCCGGCUUCUACUCUAUUGAUCCAGAUGGGAGUGGCCCCCUGGGGCCCGCCCCCGUCUACUGCAACAUGACAGAAGAGCGUGUGUGGACAGUGGUGCGUCAUAACGUCAGCGCUCCAGUCCGAGUUCAGGGCUCGUCUCUGCAGAAUCCUCACAUCAUGACUUUAAACUACAGCUCCGACCCCAAACAACUGCACACCAUCAUCAGAAGCUCUGAGCACUGCCAGCAGGAAGUGGUUUACAGCUGCAGGAAGUCCCGCCUCUUCAACACCAAAGACGGCCGCCCGAUGUCAUGGUGGGUGGACCCGGGCGGAGAGAGGCGGAGCUACUGGGGAGGCUUCCUGCCGGGGGUACAGCAGUGCUCCUGCAGCCUUGAGCAGAACUGUGUCGACAUGAACUACUUCUGUAACUGUGAUGCAGACUCACAAUCAUGGACUAAUGACUCAGGAAUCCUGUCAUAUAAAAACCACCUCCCUGUGAGCCACAUCGUGAUUGGCGACACAAACAGAACCGGAUCAGAGGCCGUCUACAGCAUCGGCCCGCUGCGUUGCUAUGGAAACAGGUGGAUCUGGAACGCAGUGUCCUUCUUCCAGGAGUCCUCGUCGCUCCUGUUCCCCCAGCUUCAGGCAGAGCUCUCCUCGGACUUCUCCUUCUUCUUUAAGACCAGUGCUCCUUCAGGGGUCUUUCUGGAGAACCUGGGACACAAGGACUUCAUCAGACUGGAGCUCAGCUCUCCCUCAGUGGUAACUUUCUCUUUGGAUGUUGGAGACGGUCCCGUGGUCGUUGCGGUCACCUCCCCCCUCCCUCUGAACGACCGGCAGUGGCACCAGGUGAGGGCGGAGCGUAAUGUGAAGGAGGUGUGGCUGCAGGUCGACCAGCUGCCCCUCCGCCUGCUGGAGGCUCCGGCUGACGGACACCGACGCCUUCGUCUCAACGGACAGCUGGUUGUAGGUGGAUCAGCAUCCAGGCUCAGAGGCUUCCUCGGCUGCAUGCGGACUCUGAACAUCAACGGCGUGAUGUUUGACCUGGAGGAGAAGGCGAGAACAGUGGUGGGGGCGAGUUCUGGUUGUCCGGGUUACUGCAGUGGCUCCAGCAGCCUCUGCCACAACAGAGGGAGGUGCAUCGAGAUGAGCAACGGCUACACCUGCGACUGCUCCACCUCUGCGUUCAGAGGACCCACCUGUAGAGAAGAGGUGUCGGUGAGGUUGCACCGAGAGUCCUCUUUGACCUUCACCUUUCAGGAGCCGUUCUCUGUGAUGCAGAACAGAAGCUUCCAGACGUCCGGCGUCUCCAGGGAGAGCAGCAGCAGCGGAACGAGAGAGGACGUAGCCUUAAGCUUCAUCACCUCACAUAGCCCCGCCCACCUGCUGACCAUCAGCACCUUCAGCCAGCAGUACAUCGCCGUAAUCCUCACCACAAACGGUAGUCUUCAGAUUUGGUACCACCUGCAGACCAGGAACCCGGAUGUGUUCAGUCCGGUCCUGAGCAGUCUGGCAGACGGACAACUCCAUCGAAUCAGAAUCCAGCGUGAGGGCAGAGACCUGUACGUACAGGUUGAUCAGGACAUCCACAGAAAGUUCUCUCUGUCGUCUGAAGCAGAGCUGAUCUAUCUCAGGUCGCUUACCCUGGGAAAAGUCAUCAGGAGAGAGAGUUUCCAUGAAGAGGUGGUGCGUGCAGGUUCCGAGGGUUUCGUCGGCUGUCUAUCUUCGGUCCAGUUCAAUCACGUGGCUCCUCUGAAAGCGGCACUGCAGAAUCGAGGCAGCUCAUUGGUCACGAUUAGAGGCUCAUUAGUCCAAUCGAACUGUGGGACAUUGGCAAACUCCAUAACAUCCCACAACCUGAGGGGUAACACACAAGAUGAUUCUGCAGCUGUGGACAAAGAAAAGAAGCAGCAGAGCGAGGAUACACAAAAUGAUGUGGCUGUUAUAGCAGGUGUGGUGACAGCAGCAGUGUUCAUCACUGUUUGUAUCCUGGCCGUGGUGACCCGUCUCCUGUACCUGAGACAGGUUCAGAAGAACAAUGACAGCAUGCAGGAGAAGGAGCACCAUCACAGCAUGGAGACCCCCAUCAGGACGGAGCUUCACCUCCACAACGCUGUCAGGGACAAUGUGAAGGAGUACUACAUCUGAAUACAUGGAGUACUACAUCUACAAGACAAAAGGGUACCUGAUCUAAUAAGAAAAGGGAUUACAAAACCCAACUUGACCAAGGAGUACAAGGUACUACCCCACAAAAGAGAGCAACAACCAACAAGAUGAAAGUAAAAUAUCCCACAAGAGUAAGGAUUAAAAACCUGACUACUCCUUCAUGACUAGUCAAAGGAGUAUGAAAUCUAACAAGAUGACAAACUACAAUGUCCGACUAGAACAAAGGGGUGCAUAAUCCAAAAAAUCAGACUGGUUAAAACUUCUGACUAGACAAGGAACAACAUCCUACGGAAUGGAAAAAGCACUGCAUCAGAGUAGAUGAAGGACAAUUGUUUCAGUCUAGACAAAGAAGUAAUAAUGAGUUGACAAAAGAGUACCCCAUCGAGCUAGUCGUAACAAGUAGAACAUCUGACGACAAGAAUGAGUACAGCAUCUUACACGGAGAAGGCCUAUCACAUAAGACUAAACAAAGAAGUAGAACCUCCAGCUAGAUAUUCCUAGGGGACAAAGGACUACUACAAUAUUGUAGGGGACAAAGGACUGCAACAUAUACAUGACAAAGGACUACAACAUCCUACAGGACAAAGGACUGCUACAUCUACAGGAGAAAGGACUACAACAUCGUAGGGGACAAAGGACUACAACAUCUUAGGGGACUAGGACUGCAACAUCUACAGGACAAAGGACUACAACAUCGUAGGGAACUAAGGACUGCAACAUCCUACAGAACAAAGGACUACAACAUCGUAGGG